AUGGAGGCAAGUAAAAGUUGUGUUUGCAAGAACCCCAUCAAAGGAAGCAUGUACUUCCCUCAUGCUUCCUUGAAAGAUGUAAGCAACUCAACUAGGAAUUUACUUAUCCAAGGUUUAACAAAGUAUCUGAAAGAUUUUCAUGUUGAGAGUGUAUCCAUAAGGAACACUACAACCAAUGUGAGUCUUCAAAGCCUAAAGGUGACAUUUCUGUCUUUCCUUUGGGCAAAGAAAACUUCACACAAAGGGAAUUGGACUUUAUUGUUUUUGAUCAAAGCAACGCAACUACAAAGCUCAUACGACACUUGGAAGUUAUUACUACAAGCAAGACAGGCCUUUAUGAAGGCUUGCAAUCGUCUGGAAGAAGCAUUAAGAUCUAUUAGAAUUCCAACGAUGACAGAAGGUAGGCUGUUCCUUAUCAGGUUGCACCGGACAUAUCAAACCGUUGAAAACGUACCAAAUGCAUAA